CUCGACCGAAUCUGUCGUUGAACGAAUCACAAACCGAAUCAAUCAAUCUAGAGUACCAAUCUCUCGUUUAUCGCAACGAUUGCCAUCAAUUGAAAAACCAUUUUGAACACAAGCUAAUUUUGAUUUGUUUAGGAUAGAAUAGUGGAGGAUGAGUGGAAAUCGCCUUAUCUCAAGAAUACCGAAGUUAGGAGGCACGCGACAAUUACCUUAUGCGGUCCUCGCCGUGGCUGCUACCUCGAUAGUAGGUAUAUUGGCAUCAAAGAACAACAAUGCCCAAAAAAGAGAAGAGGAAGAAUCUCCGUGUUUGAUCGGUCAUCAGAGUGAAGGAAAGAACACUGUAGACCUAGGCGAGAGAACGAAAACAUCAGGGUCUACGCCAUUAUGUAAGACAACCAACAGCAAUCUUUCCGCUUCCAGGCAUCUCAAGGUCAUAAAGAACUCGAUGGCGGCAGCAACUACUGGCAUGGAUACCUGCUUAUGCGAACGACGAACGCAACAGGUUCCCAAAAACGACCCCGAUAACUUUGAUUUCAACGCUGCCCUGGGCAGUCCUAAGAGUAAGAGACCACAAUCGGUCUUGACCCAAGAUAAAACCACCGCCCUUGUGCGAAAGCACAGGACCCUCCGCCUCUUGGACAAAUAUAAGACCCAAUCCUCGGUGGAUUCAAAAUACGAAUGGGACAAGGAAAAAAUGAUUGGAGAGGGCGCUUACUCCAAAGUCUAUAGAGCAGUCUCGAAAGAGGAUGGAGAGGUGGUGGCGCUCAAGAAUAUUUCAAAAAAGUACACAGACUCGCAAUACUUCCAACAAGAAGUAGAAGCCAUGCUAUACAUCCAAGAAAAGGGAGGUCAUCCCCACCUCAUCUCCCUGCACGAGCAUUUUGAGGAUGGAAAUUCGUACAUUUUGAUUCUUGAUUUUAUUCAGGGCGGGGAGUUAUUUGAUCAUUUGAUUGAGAUGGGUGCCUAUUCUGAGAUGGAUGCAUCCAGAAUCGUUCGGGAAGUGGCGUCGGCUCUAUUGUAUCUGCAUGGGAUAGGUUUGGUACACGCCGAUCUCAAGCCCGAGGUAUGUGAUUCGUUUGCCUUAGUCGAACGCGAGAAUACCUUGUGGUUCUGAUAUGUUUUUGUUGUAUCAUCUAUGUAUUAAGCUUUUACGUGUGGACAACAGCAUAUUGCCAAUUGAGAGUGCAAUCGGUUGUGGUUAGAUCUAACAUUUUUGUUCUGAAAAAUGCCUCCGGUCUUGAUAUCGUUCUUGCCUAUAUUUACAACGCAUUCUAUAUGAACGCACUUAGAAUGUUUUGUUGACAACGACGCGACGAGGAGAUUCCGUGGUCAAGGUAGCAGAUUUUGGGACUGCCGUGUUUGUGGGGAACGACACUGGUACAACUGUAACAAACAAAAAGAAAUUGAAACCCGAGCCAGUUUACGGAGCUCCUACACCUGCAUACUCACCACCAGAAUCCGUCCUCCGGACAGAGCCUAUACAGCCCUCCAUGGACAUGUGGUCUCUCGGGGUCAUCCUGUUCAUCAUGCUCACUGGUUGCCACCCUUACGAUGUCAGUGGGGAAUCUACAGAUGAGGAGAUCGAAGCACGAAUCAAGUCAACGAAAUACCGAAUACCAAUUAACGAUCGAGAAAUUGCCGGCCAUCUAUCGAAGAGUGCAAAGGAUCUGAUAACGAAACUAAUGAAUCGUGACCCAAAGAAACGUCUGACGGCCUACCAAAUGCUCCAGCAUCCAUGGGUCAGAGGAGAAACAGCUACGACAGCAAUCAUUCAAGGAAGUGACCAGCGCCUUUCGAAAUUUCGUGUCUUCAAAUCACGACUGCAGGCUAAGUUUUUCGAAAAUGCUAUCCGUUGGAGUGAUAUGAGCCACGAUGCAGAUGCGAAUGCCAAACGGAAAACAAGUUUGAUUGAACGAUCGUUUAAAGCAUUCGAUUCGGACAAGGAUGGUCAUGUGUACGCAAAAGAUGUGUUGGGAACAGACGAAGACAACAUUGAAGAAAUUGUAGAAGGAGGGGGACCAACGAUCAAUAUUUCCGAUUACGAAAAUCUGUUGAGCGAAAACAUGGAGAAUAAGUACUUUGCAGCGGGACAUACUAUAUAUGAAGAAGGAGAUGAGGGACAUGCAAUGUAUUUUUUAGAGAGCGGAGCGGUGGAAGUAAUCGCAGACGGAACGAGGGCCGUUCGAACGAGUGGAGACUUUUUUGGAGAGGGGGCUUUGCUACAUCCCCGCAAUGUUCGGUCGGCGACUCUUCGAUGUUUAACGCCCGUCCACGCAUUAAAAAUCAGUCAAGAAUAUUUUGAGAAGUACAUCGCAUCUUCAAGUUCGGGCUUGUACCUAACCUUGAAGGAAAAGGACAAGAUUCGGAAGCGGAAUCGUGCCAAGACCAUUCUCAGAAUGCAGGCAGGCUUGAAGACUGCAGCAAAACCAUGCAAAUCUAAGUUUUAUGUAGAAGGAGACCACGGAGAUACCAUGUGGAUUUUAGAAAAAGGAAAGGUCGAUAUUCAAGUUGCAGGUGGCAAAGCCGUUUUCUCGGUUUAUCCCGGUAACAUUUUCGGUGAGCAUGCUGUCAUAACAGGCAAUAGCAGAAAUUGUGAUGCAGUUUGUGUAUCGAAAGAAGGUUGUGUUGCACAGGCACUACAGGGACGGGAAUUCCGCAAAUUGCUGGCGUCUUCCACAAGUGUGCAAGAUUCCCUGAAAGAAUUGUAUCUACGACGCGAAUUCAAGAAAGCAAUUGUGAUGAGGAUGCGAAAGAACUUUCCCUAUGAUGACCCCGAGGAAGCUUUUGCUGCCGCCGACGAAAAACACGUGGGACGUUUAGACAAAGGAAAUGUUUCAGCAUUAAUGAGAGAGAUGAAUCCAGACUUUACUGACGAAGAAGUUGAGGGCGUCAUACACGCCUUAAACCUAACCGGAUCAGGCAGCGUCACAUUUGAGGAAAUGAAAAAGGCUCUUAUAGGCGACAUAAGGACUCAUGCUUCUAUGUGAAUAAGAAGUAAAGACUUAAAAAGUUA